AUGGAUUUCAUCAAGACCAGUUCCCUGCGUGCUCUGAUUGAGUUAACUUUCCAACGCAACUGGAACGGCCUCAUUUGGAUGAGUAGAAAAGGAGUUAUCCAAAAAGUGAAGACUGUCCAGACGGCUCUAUCGAGAAACAGCGCCAACCGCGAGCGGCUGGCCGAGGAACGAAUGUUCCGCGUCGGCCAAAGUCCGAACACGUCCGUCCCGCCAAACCACGGCCGAUCACGCACCGACCCGGGAACAAUGUCCCGCGGUCGGCCAAGUCACAACCAUUCACGAUGCCGCGCACGAUCACGCCGCGAGGAAGUACGCCUCGCGGCCGCGACAACUCACGUACCACGGCCGAUCGUCCGAUCAGGAAAGCCGUCCCACGCUCCGGCCGAGAAAUCAUCGGCCAAAUCUUCAUCCGCCGACCACAGCGGCCGACCACGAACCAUCGGCCACGACCGUUCCGAUCGUGCCGCGACCAUGACCCGAUGUCCGGCCGAUCGUCCCGACCGACCGUCCCAACGCCGCGGUCGACCCGAAGCCCGUUUUGAAGCCCGUUUCACGUAUUUUCAAGGCCCGGCUUAA